AUGGUGAAAUAUCAAGCCUUCCUUGUAUCAUUGACAAGUACAGCUGUCUUUGCUGCUGUUGAUCUGUCUAAAUUCCCCACAAAAACAGAUCCCACACAAGUCACCAUCCCCAACAUCCCUCAAACGACAUCUCAUGAUGUAGCAACAGAAUGUCAAUACUAUCAAUCAAACUUCACUAUUGACAAGACUCAAUGGCCUACUAUCUGGGAUAUUGCUACCAGUAACAACAUGAACACUUCCUCUGAAUUCAUGAAUGUGUACAACUCUAUCGAUUGGACCAAGGCUCCUACCGCUCCUGUGCGUAAACUCACUGCCGCAGGAGGUCUCGAUUUGACUGGCUACGAUACUGCAAACGAUCCCGACUGUUGGUGGUCUGCUUCUCAAUGUGUAAAGCCAAAGGCUGCUGGUGUAAAUGCUGAUAUUUCUGCCUGUCCUGAACCAGAAACAUGGGGUCUUACCUUUGAUGACGGACCAAACUGCUCUCAUAAUGCAUUCUAUGACUAUCUCGAGACCAACAAACAAAGAGCUUCCAUGUUCUACAUUGGGUCUAACGUGCUCAACUGGCCCUACGGUGCUCUCCGUGGUCUCAAGGACGGACAUCAUCUCUGUGGCCAUACAUGGUCUCACAAAAUGAUGACAACUUUGACCAACCAAGAAGUCCUUGCUGAGCUCUAUUACACUGCAAAGGCAAUCAAGUAUGUUACUGGUGUUACUCCUUUGCACUGGCGUCCUGCUCUUGGUGAUUUGGAUGAUCGUGUACGUUGGAUUGCUACUCAAUUGAACAUGACCGCUAUUCUCUGGAACCUCGAUACUGAUGACUGGGCUGCUGGUUCCACUCCUGGCAUUACUGCUGAUACUGUGAACCAAAGAUACAAUGACUUUAUUCAAAUGGGCGCUAAUGGUACCUUUAAGGAUUCUGGUAACAUUGUGCUUUCUCACGAAAUCAACAACAUGACUAUGGAUUUCUUUGUUAAUCACUACCCUGAUAUCAAGAAGAACUACAAGCAUGUUGUCGAUGUAGCCACCUGUAUGAACAUUGCCCAUCCCUACCUGGAGCAGGUGAUCACUUUCCCUAGUUUCGAUGCAAGUACCAAGAACAAUGCCAGUACAGCUACAGGUUCAGGUGUCAUCCCUGGUGCCUCAAGUGCUCCUAGUUCGGGUAAUUCAGUUACACCAAAUACUAACUUUUAUAAUGGUCCACUUUUCAUUGCUGCACUUUUUGGGUUGCUUUUGGUUGCUGUAUAA